CCUCCUUCCCCGCAUUUCUCAUUCCUCUCUAUCCCUCUCUCUAUCCCUCUCUCUAUCUGUCCUUUAUUUUUCUCCCUUGGACCGGAGAUGGUUAUCUCGGCCGAGAAGGGAGAGGCACGGCGGAGGAACAUGGCUGGUUUGGUGGAGAAGCCUGCGACUUUGCCACCUUCUAGCAGAUCGAUGCCGCCAUCACGCCUCCACAACUUCUCAUUCCCGACCCUAAGCUGGGGAAACAGGAAGCUUCUCCGGUGCGUCAAUCCAUCGUGCAGUUCGAUGGAUGAUGAGCUGCAGACUGGGAGGCGCUGCUCUUCCAAUUCCUCUCUUAACGAUCUCUCGCCCCUGCGGCCACCACCUCCUAGUUUUACUGUACAGAAGCAUGGCCAGGAGGAGGAGGAGUGUAAAAUUUCGCGGCUAUCUGCUUCAAAACAGUGGAAUCUGAGGAGCAAGGGAGCUGCCAGAAAUGCUCCGGUGGAGAUCUUAUGGAAUCGGAAUCCAUCGCCUCCUUCUCAGUCCUCAUCACCCUCUUAUUCUCCUACUCAGAUGGAGAAAACAAGCAGUCUGGUGAUUCUUGUGACGAGAUUGGAAGGAUUGGACAUGGCAGAGAAGAGCGACAGGCGGAAAUUCUCGAUCGCCCUCUCUAGGGAGGAGAUCGAGGAGGAUUUCGUCGCGGCAAAGGGGACUAAGCCCCCUCGUCGGCCGAAAAAGAGAGCCAAGUACUUGCAGAGGCAGCUUGAUGUACUUUUCCCUGGGAUUUUAUUAUCGGAAGUGUCAUCAGAUUUAUAUAAAACUG